AUGGUAAUUCCUGUGUUGGCUAAUGAAUCGAUUAUCAUUGGUUAUGAUAUUUAUGAAGAUAAGUUUCUUUAUGCAUGGCAUACAAGAUCAGAGCCGCAAGGAUCAUAUAUGGAACUUUGCAUUAGACCAAAAACUAAAUUUACUUUGACAUAUUUAGUUGUUGAAAAAGAGUCUGUAAACUUAAGAGAUUCUAUAGAGAAAUGGCAUUUAUCAUUUCCAGAUAUUUACGACAAUCAUUCUAUGGGCCCCGGUGCAUGGAUUGGUGCUCCUCAUCAAAAUCAAUUCAAAGAAGAAUAUAUUAAACCAUUUAUGGGAAAAUAUGUUACGUCAAUGGAACUUUCUAAUGACCAAACAUUUGGUUUACCAACAUUUUACUAUUUUGAAGCUUCUCUUCUUCAUACAGAGCAGUUUGAAUGCAAUGAGUCAUAUGAAACCAACAUAAAUAAAUGUGCUGAAGAUGGUGGCCAAACAUGUAAAAUUAUAAAAGAAUUUGGCACUAGAACUAUUGAUGGUAAACUUAGAUGCCAAGUUAAUUAUAAUAAUAUAGGAUCACAAAUUGCUUAUUUAUACAUUGGUGCUGCAAGAGAUUUCAAAUCAAGACCUUUAUUUAAUGAUUUGAAUAAACGCAAUUAUAGUGGAGUUACACUAGAUACAAUGUCACAUCUUUAUGCAUAUUAUAACACAAACAUGCCAUUAGAUUUAUCUCCAUUUAACUUAUUAGAUGACAAGAAUUAUGAUUGUGAAUUUCAAAUUGCAGCAUAUUUUAAUGUUUUGCGAAAUCUAUCAAAGUAUGCUCCAAAUGGUUUCAUGCUUAAUUCAAUGAUUGUUUUUCCACAAUAUGCAAAAUGGAUUGCAACAGCUGGAUAUGAAGUCGAUAUAAAAACUAAUUAUAAAAUGCCAGUUUAUGAAUCUCAGCAUUUUUGGCAAAAUAGAUUUGCGACUGGAUCUCGUCCAAACUCUCAUUUAGAGAGAUGUUCAGCAUGGGAUAAAUUUGAAGAAUACUUUAGUUUUUGUUCAAUUGUUGGCUGCACGCCAAGCAGUGAAUCUGGAAGAUUCUGGAACAGCGAUGAAAAUAUGAAGAAAGUUAGACCGAUCUAUGAUAGAUGGAGAGAUCCAUUAAUGGAAAUGCUAAAUGGAACUACUUAUUUAGCAAAUGGAGGUGGAAGAGUGCAAUUUGUUAAUGAUGAAUGGGGUGUAUUCUGUCAUAAGGAUGGAUCUUGUUAUGCUGCAUUUUAUCUCAGGAAUGAAUCCACAACUUACCAAGCAAAAAAAUAA